CCGCCAAACUUAUUAAUAUUUUCAACAGAAAACAGAUUAAUUAACCUCUCCGAUUUUGUGUGUUUUUGUCAGAGUUAAUUUUCUUAUGUUCUUAGCAUUUCCUUUUUUGGCGAUAAUUUGAGAUAAAAUAUAUUGACAUAAAGUAUAGUACUGGACAAUGGCAGAAGAUGGAGAAAAUAUAUCUGUUAUGACUGUGAAGGAGCCUCUAGAUUUAAUCAGAUUAAGUUUGGAUGAGAGAAUAUAUGUGAAAAUGCGAAAUGAAAGAGAAUUAAGAGGAAAGCUACAUGCCUAUGAUCAACAUUUGAAUAUGGUUCUUGGUGAUGCUGAAGAAACUAUUACAACAGUUGAAAUUGAUGAGGAAACUUAUGAAGAAGUUUAUAGAACUACAAAACGAAACAUACCAAUGCUUUUUGUAAGAGGAGAUGGUGUGAUACUUGUGUCACCCCCAGUCCGUGUUGGAGUUUAGUAAAUAAGUUAAAAUUAAGCAAAUAAAAAGAUAUACUAAAAUUGAACAA